CAAAGAUCUCAACACGUACAAUGAGAGUUGUCCGGAAAGAAGAGUUGAGUUCGACCAUUGCAUAUGUUUUCCAUUCAGUCGACGAACUCUCAUCAUAUAUUGUAACAAGUGGGCGAGUAGGAGGAAGAUAAACCCUUCGCCAUGUUGGGUCCUGCCACAAAGAGCAGUGCCAAGCGGAAACUGUCCGAUGUGGAGAGUGAUGACCAGGCGUAUCAGGAUCCUCGCCACUCUAUCCUCACCAUAUCCAUGUGUAAGUUAAAGACUUGUCCCGUCCGCAGGGUAGAACCUUCCCUCAGGCGCUCUGUACUCAUUUUCAACACACUCAAAAUUAUAGAACGAGAGUUACAAAGGGAAGGCCUGCCUAUCAUGCCUACAGACUCAACACUGUCCCUUCCAGCGAUGGACACUGAGGAUUUGACCCUAGACAUUCUUCCCGAUGUGGGCUCCUCUGGUCUGCCAGAUCAACGCAGUUCGCAUUGUUUGAACUUAACUUCCAGAGAUGAGGAUAGCAAGGUUCACGAGAAGGAUUCGCCUUCACCCAUCGUAGAAGUAGCCACUUACACCUCGCUAGGGUCAGCCAGUGCAUACCAGCCAUUGGAGGCUGUCCAGACUGUAGGACUAAAUGAGCUUACAGACUCCCUUGCCCGUCAGACUGUCAGUGAUUUGAUCACCUCUGCUCAUUCUCUAAUGCCUUUCACUAGUAUGUCAUCAUUAUCACCCAAACACGACGAUCUACGUAGCGAAAUUGACAUGGCUUUUGGUGACUUUGAUAUCUUGUCUGCCUUCCCCCAAAGUUCCAAGCUGCCUCCAUUGAGUGCUGAGGAGAUUGUUCAUUCCUUCACCAGUCAUAACUGUGGUUUACCAGACUCCUAUCCCACUAUAUCAAACACUCAGUGUUGUAAAAGUGACAUCAUAUGUGAAGAUUUUGACAAUAUUAUGCAAAUCCUAGUGGGAAUGUAAUUCUACAAACAUGUACACAUUUGUAUGAAAGUGGAUUACUUCAAAACAUAGCCAUAAUCAUGUGAUCAUUUCAUCCUUCCAGUGACAAAAUAAGGGUGCUAAAGACACUCAGCCAAGUGGAAAUCUCAUUAAUGUAUGGUGCACAGACUCGCUAACUGGCAAGACCGUGAAAUUGUAUGGAGCAUGAAAUGCUUUGUACCAUAUUUAUUUAUAAUAUAUUCAUAUUUAUUCGUUUGUUCAAAAAGAGCAGAACUUUUCAGACUGAAGUCAAACUUAAUGAACACGAAAAUAUGUGCAAAGACAAUUGGCAGCAUUGAAUUGUAUGACCACAUUCAUGUUUGUGAAAUAAGUUUAUCUUGUUUUUGUUUACUCUUCACAGCACUUGUAUCUUU